GUCGCCGAAGAGAUCUGGUCCGACGUCCAGCAAAAGCGCCAGAAGCGGCUGCAGCUGGCGGACUCCGCGAAGAUGGAGCGGCUUCUCCAGGAGAUGGGAGAAGGAGCCGAAGAAGCCGGAGGCAAAGGAGGCCCCUCGAAGCGUCGGAAGUCUGAGGGCGAGUCGCGGCAGCGCGUGAAGUCUCCGGCUGCCUCCGAGACAAAG